AUGGAAGAAGAAGUCGCAGCCCUCGUCAUUGACAAUGGUUCUGGAAUGUGUAAGGCCGGUUUCGCCGGUGAUGACGCUCCAAGAGCUGUUUUCCCUUCCAUUGUCGGUCGUCCCCGUCAUCAUGGUAUUAUGAUUGGUAUGGGUCAAAAGGACUCAUAUGUUGGAGAUGAAGCGCAAUCCAAGCGUGGUAUUCUUACACUCAGAUACCCAAUCGAGCACGGUGUCGUCACCAACUGGGAUGAUAUGGAGAAGAUCUGGCAUCACACUUUCUACAACGAACUUCGUGUAGCACCAGAGGAGCACCCAGUUUUACUUACUGAGGCCCCAAUCAACCCAAAGUCCAACAGAGAAAAGAUGACCCAAAUUGUCUUUGAGACCUUUAACGCCCCAGCGUUCUACGUCUCUAUCCAAGCCGUCCUCUCCCUUUACGCUUCCGGUCGUACCACCGGUAUCGUUCUCGAUUCCGGUGAUGGAGUUACUCACGUUGUCCCAAUUUACGAAGGUUUCUCACUUCCUCACGCCAUUGCUCGUGUUGACAUGGCUGGUCGUGAUUUGACUGAUUACCUCAUGAAGAUCUUGGCUGAGCGUGGUUACACUUUCUCCACCACUGCCGAACGUGAAAUUGUCCGUGAUAUUAAGGAGAAGCUCUGUUACGUCGCUCUUGACUUUGAGCAAGAAAUUCAAACCGCCAGUCAAUCUUCCAGCUUGGAGAAGUCAUACGAACUUCCUGAUGGACAAGUUAUUACCAUUGGUAACGAACGUUUCCGUGCUCCAGAAGCUUUGUUCCAACCAUCUGUCUUGGGUCUUGAGAGCGGUGGUAUCCACGUCACUACCUUCAACUCCAUCAUGAAGUGUGAUGUUGAUGUUCGUAAGGAUUUGUAUGGUAACAUUGUUAUGUCUGGUGGAACUACCAUGUACCCAGGUAUCUCCGAUCGUAUGCAAAAGGAAAUUACUGCUCUUGCACCAUCAUCGAUGAAGGUCAAGAUCAUUGCACCACCCGAGAGAAAAUACUCCGUCUGGAUCGGUGGUUCUAUUUUGGCAUCUUUGUCCACUUUCCAACAGAUGUGGAUCUCAAAGCAAGAGUACGACGAGUCCGGACCUUCCAUUGUCCACCGCAAGUGUUUCUAA